AUGCGCCCCUCCGUUGGGUCCUGGCUGUCGGCGAAGCCGAACUUCGAGAUCAUCAGGCUCAAGGAGGAGCCUCGCGCCGCGCUGCGGGAGGCGGAGCGGAAGCCGUUCCACCUGAGGCCGUCCGUGGGCACCUGGCUGGCGCCGCGUCCGCGCCGCCCAGGAGCCCGAGCCGGUGUCCGCGCCGCUGCUGAGGUCCCUGCGCACCAGCGACAUGAUGAAGAUGCCUUCCUGCAGGACCAGCUGAUCUCCACAUUCCAGUCCGAACUGGCCAGGAAAGACAAGGAGAUCGAGGACCUGGAGAACUGA